AUGACAUUAAAUCGAUGUUUGUUAUCUGCUGUUGAAUUACUUAUUGCUAAUGAUAAAAUUAAACUUAUGGAAUUAGAUAAAAAACUUGAUCAAGAAAUAAUUUCUUUUGGUUAUUUAAAAGAAUCUAUUGAAAUAAUUGCAUAUAAACAUUUAGCUAAUAUACAAAUAUCAAUUGUUGAACUCGAAGACUGGUAUAGUCAUGCAAUUAUACAAUUGACUUUUGAUUUUGAUAUAUUUGGCAAAGUAGCACAAAAUUUUAAAAAACAAAUAAUAAAGAAAAUAAAUGAUGAUAUACAUGAAACAUGUUAUGUAUUUGAUAAAUAUGGUGUUGGUUAUGUUAGUGUUGCUAAACUGAAACAUCCUAUGCUUUCAUUGGAUGAAUAG